AUGAGGGCUGAGGGACCUCUUUCUCCUGGUCUGGACGAUCCCAGCUGGGGACAGCGGGAGGUCCCUGCGGAGCCGGGGCAACCGCGUCCCCACCCGAGCGGCUCUGUGCCCGGCACCAGGCGGGAGGGAAGCAGAGGCGCCGAGGGCUGCAGGGGCUGUGCUGCCCCGGGUCCCCUCCAGGCCCGGCUCCUGUGCCCGCGACACCUCCCCCCUGCAGAGCCGGCUUCACCCAGGGACGACGCGGAGGCCGCCUGUCCCCCAGGCAGAGCAGAGACCGCCAGUCUCGCUGCCCUGCAACUGGGCACCGGCUUGCCACCCUCCUGGGGCCUCCAGGGAGGGGAGGGGCCCGGAGCGACCCAGGUCCAAGCACACCUGGCCAAGCACACCCGGGCCAGGGGCACCGCGCACUGUGAGGAGCUCAAACAGAAGCGCGGACGGAGGACCGCCGCCAAGGUCCUUGUAGCUGCGCUGGGUCAGACGCCCCAGCCUAGGAGGGAGCCUAGCCCGGACCGAGAGCCGGUGUGGCCGCGCUUGCGGGGCUGCUCCUCCAGCCGCAGCCUCUUCCUGCGCCCCAGCUGCUCGCAGCCGGCGCCCCUUCUCCCAGAGCCGGCCGCUCCGGGCGCGCUGGCAGGUGUGAUCAGAAACACGGUGACAGCCGCUGCCGGGCGCCGCCCGCUGGAUGGGCAGCUGGUGAAACCCGGGCGUCUUCGUCCCCCGAGUCACGGACCGGCACCGGCGGCUUCCGCGCCUCCCCACGGUCAGACCGAGCGGGAAGCCUGUGAGCAAACUCGACGUCGGGGCCGCCGCGCAGCGCAGCCAGGGACCCUCGGGAUCGGGACCCCGAGAAGCCCGGGACGGCCAGGCGGUGGGCGGCGUGCGCGGCAGGGCCCGAGGGGCUCCGGGCUCCCGGCCAUGGGUCUGCAGAAGCUGCGCCUCCCCGGCGGCCUCGGCCCCUCUGCCGCUUCCCCUGCGCUGCGCCGGCCCGGGUCCAGGGUCCAGGGUCCAGCACCGCCUCCCACGGCCACGGUCACGGCCACGGCCCUGUGCGCCUCCGAGAAACCAACGUUUACCCGGGACCGCUUUGUGACCCGAAAAAAUGCACCAGCGCCCCGAAAAGCCACUGUCUCGCGGCGCUCCGGUCCGCCAGCGUCCUCUGCCUGCGCCCUGGGCCUGCCCCCGCCUGCUUCUCCAGCCGAGAUUCGCCCUCCUUCCCCACAGCGCAGCUGUAAACCCUGGUCUCCGGGGAGCGCGGGACAGCUGCGGACGCGGCGCCUGCGCGGUGUGACCCCCUCCCAGCCCGGCGCGGCCCCGCCUACCACUGCCCAGAGGCCACGCCCACCUGUACGGGUCACACCCCGGACGCAGGGCUCCGGGACGGCUUUUCCUGGGGCUCGUGGGUUGCUUUUAACCGGGCAGACGUUGCACAGCACGCUGUCCUCAGCCCGAAUGAGUCCCGACCCGGCCUCUCCGAGGCGAUCGCCCCAAGCCCAGGGUGGAGAGCUGUGGCCCGGGUCGGUGCCCUGCAGGACCUGGCCCCGCUGUGCCCACACCCUUCCUGGAGGAGUCGCCGACCCAGCUGCUCCGGCCUCUGCCGCACCCGCUCGGAGUGCAGCCCUGCGCUUCGCCCAGCGCCAUGGAAUGGACAGGCGUCUGGCGGUUUGGGCCCUGAGCCCUCCCCGUUCCCCGGCUGCACCCCUGCCCAAGGGCAGACCUCCUCCUCUCCUGUCGCCCAGCCCCUUCCCGGGUCCGUCUCCACCCCACACCCUACGCCAGCUAAGGGCCCAGCGUGGCGCCUCCAGCUGGAGCCCCCUGCACCCCAGUCGGAUGCGAGGACAGCAUGGCCGGCGCACGCCUGUGCCGUCCCCAGAGCCCAGCACAGAGCCGGAGCUCGGCACCAUCCGCUGA